CUUCUGUCAGUCUCGACGACUGUCAUUGUUUCGCUCCGGAUUUAAACGGGAAUAAAGUGGUUUCGUUCAAUCAGCGUGCCAGUAAGCGUUUGAAAUCGAAAAUAAAUCAUGAUUCUAAUUGAGUGCAUUCUCUCUUUGCGCAGUACUCUCGUUUAGCCCGAAUCUAGCCGAGGAUAUCCGAGUGCUCGACAAUUGCAAGGACAGUGCCGUAUCUGGUACAUGGUAACAAGUGUCCCGAAGGUUUUAAGUAUUUACAUAUCAAUGAAUGUCAGUUUCACGGUGAAUCAUGCAGCACGACGCAUAAUCUUGUUCCAACGUCGCGCAAAUCGAUUUCGUUUAACCUUUAAAUAAAUAUUUUUAACGCGAUAGCGACGACCUGGUCGAAACCGAAGCAGGUGUUUUAUCAAUUGACAGGUCUAUCGAUAAGAACUGAUAUGAGGCUAUCGUGAUAAACGUUAUAAUAGGAGAUUGUUUUGAUAGAUACGGUGAUGCGAGUAGGACGAGUCGCGCGUGCUUAGGAAAUAUCCCUAGAAACCGUGCGAGGAUCGGACGUGGUGCAAGUGGUGUAAUAUUUGUGUUUACCCCCACCGCAGCACGUCUCGUUGCUCUAUGUUCGUUUGCCUCGUAAGUAUUCCACUGUCUGGCCGUCGAGUCGCGAAGCAACGAAAAUAAGAAGCGGUCGCACAGAACGUCGCAUCGGCGAGCGUGUACGUAGUUGCACAUCCGCGUCUCGCGUGCGCGUUCGCUUCUGAAUGAGUCUCGGCGUCGAUCAAGUGCUUGAGCGAAGGAUUACGCGUAGUGCAUCCUGUCCGUUGAUAUCGGCAGUGGCUGGUGGUGCGACGAUGUCGAACAGUGAGCGAUGACACGCCCGUGAAAAAGGAACGAUAACAACGACCCGAUUGAUCACAGAGAGAACGCAGUAGCGCGUACGCGAAACGAACCCCCUUCUCAGUGCAUUCAGUGUGACAUUACGAUUGAACGAAGAAACAUGCUACAACCGAGAGCCGCGAGCGUCGGACGGUAAAGGAAAAAGGAAUGGCUAGUUUGAUGGUGACCACAUCUAACAAGAACAGUUCACGUACUUCAUCCCCCAACAGAGGAAACACAGUGACGUCGCCGCAACAAUUGUCAGCUUUGGAGAAUACUCCAAGAGCACGUAAUGCUUCAUUUUCCCAACCAGGGGAGGGUAGUACAGGCAGUGGAAGUAGUGGUGGUGGAGGCAGCCUCAGUAUGAAAGGUAGUAGGCAAAAAUCACCAGGAACUGUGAUCCGAGUAGAUGUUAUGGAUGAACCAAAUACCAAUCUAAUCACUGCCGAACAAGACGAGUUUGUGCCAAACAUUCAUCUACCGACCGACGACGAAGGAGAACAGUAUCAUGCAACACAAUCGUUCCUAUCAAACGGAUCCUCCGAACUAAUAACCGAUGACGUCGAUUCCAGUUCUGCUCGCGUUAGUCAAGCCAUCGAGCAUAUCCAAAAUAAAAUCGCGAAAACGCGAGAGCUUAUAAGAAUAGAACAAACUACGCGCGAUGAGAAUGUGAACGAAUAUUUAAAACUAGCUGCGAACGCAGACAAGCAGCAGCUCACUCGGAUCAAGGCAGUGUUUGAAAAGAAAAAUCAAAAGUCAGCGCACAUCAUUUCCCAGUUACAGAAGAAGUUGGAUAGUUACACGAAGAAGUUAAAGAAUUACGAAUUAAAUGGAGCACCGACGAGUCACAGGCAACCCAGGGAAGUCCUUCGGGACAUGGGACAAGGACUCAAAAACGUGGGUGGCAAUAUUAAAGUUGGAAUCAGUGGUUUUUCAGGAACUGUGAUGUCUAAGCCAAGAGAGUUUGCACAUUUGAUAAAGAACAAGUUUGGCAGUGCUGAUAAUAUAAACACCUUAUCCCUUGAAAGUAAUGGCUCGACUUUUUAUGUAAACGAUACACCGCGUGCAGGUAAUGGAGAUAACGCUAGUGUUGAAGAUGAGAAGGCGCAUCACGGUUCGGCGACGCUUCCCGGUGGAUGCAGUCUGGGAUCGACACAUAGCGCAGCGGCGAUGAAAUUUCCAUCAGAGGAGGGCUCGGAAUGCUCGAGCGUCACAAGCGAGAGCGGACCCGGUAGCAAGGGCCAAGCGCACGCGUGUCAUAGUAGUAACGACGCGGCGCUUAGUCUGAAAUCUAUCUUCUCGGAGUUGCAAGAGCAGAGAGAAAGCAUGGAGAGGAUGAAGGACAAAUUAGAAGGUGUAAAGAGUUUGCAACAAGAAGUGACAUAUCUUUCUCACGCAUUGCAAGAGGAACGUUUCCGAUGCGAGCGUCUAGAGGAGCAGAUCAACGAUCUGACCGAAUUACACCAAAACGAAGUAGAGAAUUUGAAGCAAACGAUAACGGAUAUGGAGGAGAAAGUGCAAUAUCAGAGCGAGGACCGCUUGAGGGACAUACACGAAAUGUUGGAGAGUUGUCAAACGAAAAUUUGUAAAAUGGAACAUCAGCAGCAGCAGCACCAGCAGUACGUCACCCUGGAGGGUUUGGAUAACAGCAACGCGAGAGCGUUGGUGGUUAAGCUCAUAAACGUAGUGUUAACUGUGUUGCAAGUAGUUCUACUACUAGUUGCAACGGGUGCUGGUAUUAUGAUGCCUUUCCUUAGGACCAGCUGUACUAAGCCUCAUUGUUUCAUGUGCAGGGUGCGCAUAUUAACUACCACGCUUGUCGUACUGGGCAUAAUAUUUGUGGCCAAACAGUGGCCCGAGGUCCACGAUGUCGGCAGUCACAUCAUGCGCCAUAUUAAACAGACGCUCGCCGUUAAGUAGCAUCGGUGGUAUACUUAAAUUUACCAUACCCUGUGAUGAAGAAAAAAAAAAAUUGUACACAAUGAUCAACAUUUUGGACCCAUUUAUCAGUGCUGUAGUUUUGGAGCAAUAAUAGUAGGUAUACGCGCAAACGACUUUGUUUCUAUUUCAAAUCCGAUCACGUUCACCGUUACGCCAUUCGAUUAAGCGAACGGUUUAAAUAUGUAUAUUUGAUAUGUGUUAAAAGGAAUUAGACGAUAUGCAAAAGAGAGAACGUAUUUUCCUGUGAAAAUGGUGUUUCACCUAAGAGAGAUAAAUGAGAAAGUGUCUUGUCCCUUAUUGUUAUAAAUUUAUUUACCUUUUUUUUAUUUUUACUCGAUUGAUUUUAUUGAAAACGGACUAGGUACGCGUUCGGUAAUUUAUAGCGUGCGAAUGAUACGCGAGAUGAGGAUAAUUCUAUAAUUUGUAACAAAAUAAAAUAACUUGUACAAUACGUGAACGAGAUAGUGAGUAAUAAUUGUAAACGCUGUACGCUGAUAUUGCUUGAUCACAUACGGCACGUUGCUAGAAGAAAAUUUAUUCUGACAUCACGCGAUUACGUUCACUUUUAUACGAAUAACUGAUUAUAACCGUGGAAUUAGAAGAAAAAUUAUUGAAGAAGCGAAAGUACUGAUUAAAAAAAAAGAUAGAAACGAUGGGUAGAAAAUUGUUCCAUCGUCGGUGUCUGUGGGGGGUGUCACUACCACCUAUUUUCAGGUAUCGUAGCUCGUACGUUUGAUAUUCGAAUAGGUCCGUGUAAUUUUGUCGACUACGCGUUUCUAAGUAAAAAUAUUUAUAAUUGCAAUCGUCCAGUUGCUAAAACAAUAAAUAUAAAGUAAGAAGAGAACACGUAAGUGAAUGUAGAUAUUCCUCGAUUCGAGAUGUAUAUUGUAGCGUGAUAUAUCGUUAGUAGAAAAACCGCAGCGUCACUAGAAAUUCUUAAAAGUGUAAUUUAAAGAACUGCACAUUCAUGAGAAACGGAACAAAUAUUUGUACAUUGAGCGAUAUCGCAAGAGGACCAACGUGCUCUUUUCCUCUUAACUCUAUUCGACUUCUAAUCUAUUUCAUAAAAGAAUGAUUCUUAUAUGGAUGAUAAUCGGCUAUUUAAUAUCAAUCUCUUCAAUCUCAUGAAUGUUCGAAACCACCACAGACACGAGAGUGCGUACAUAUUAUAUCGAUUAACGAAGAAAUGAACCAUGACAGAUAUUGAUAUGAGAGAAAGACUGACGGACUACAUCGCUGUUACAAUUGUGAGUAAUUUAAUAUUUGUGGCAAUUUUCCGUUGCUGAAUCACGCAUUGAGAAAAACCGUUCGGAAACAGUUAAAACGGUGUACAAGAGGAAUACAACGUUGCGACGAUAAUUAUAAAAUUAAUGCAGUUACGUGGAGAUAAAUGAUUCUUAAAUAUAGGUGCUCAAAUUCUCGAGUGUGUAAUGUAUUUUUGGUCCGUAUCAUUUUUUUUCAAUCUCACCGCCGUGGGCGAAAUGUUCAUCUGUCCUUUUUUUUUUAAUUUAUAGCAGUUAAUGGAAGCACUGUUACAGCUCACCAAGCAAUUUUAUGACAUACAGAGAAAGAUAUACUUUUCCAGUGAUCACUGAUAUUUUUUUUGUAUCGUUUACUACGUAAAAAUCCUCUUUAGAUUUUAUAAAGAUAUUAUUUCUAAUUUAUGUACAUUAAGUUAAAUAUAAUUUUUGUUAUUUGUAUAUGUUGAAUUAUAGUUAAAGUUUCGUUCACGUUAGAAAAUCAUUUCGUGUCGACGUAAAUAAAAUGAAUUUUGUGUAGCAAUGUAUUUCGUUUUCUUGUGCCUGUUACUCGUGUGAAUACAAUAUCAAAUUUCCUAAUUUUUCUUUUCAAAUCGACCCCGAAUCUUUUGAUAACUGUCCUCUGUAUUUAUUAAAGCUAAUCAUUUUUUGUACUUUUUGUACACGCGUUUAAUGCUGCCAAAAAUAGAAGAGUCGAGUCUGUGACAAGAUCAAAACGAAAAAAAAGAAUAACCAGAAGGAAGUUUGAUCGUGUGUUUAUAACUCCGAGACAGGCGAACGUUUUGUCAUUUGAACAGACCGCGUAUAUUUUUUUACUUUCGACUUUCUUUACAACUGUAUUACAAAAAGAAGAGAAGUUUGUUCAAUUAAAUUUAUUGACAAUUCAAA